AUGAAGACAAAUCGAAGAUGCAGAGCCCUGCUAGCAGUGAGUCUGAAUCUGAUGGCUCUCCUCUUCUCUACAACAGCUUUUAUCACGACCCACUGGUGUGAGGGCACACAGAGGGUCCCCAAGCCGAGCUGUGGGAAAGAGAAGAAGACAAACUGCCUCAACUACGGUGGGAAUGAGACUGCAAAUGAGACGAACCAGAAUGUGGUUCAUUACAGCUGGGAGACGGGAGAUGACCGCUUCCUUUUCAGGUAUUUCCACACUGGGAUCUGGUACUCCUGUGAGGAAAAUAUCAAUGCUGCUGGUGAAAAAUGUCGAAGUUUUAUUGACCUUGCCCCGGCUUCUGAGAAAGGUGUCCUGUGGUUAUCAGUAGUAUCUGAGGUGUUGUACAUCAUGCUGUUAGUCGUCGGGUUCAGCCUUAUGUGCCUCGAGCUCUUUCAUUCAAGCAGUGUGAUAGAUGGGCUCAAGUUAAAUGCCUUUGCUGCUGUCUUCACUGUGCUUUCAGGUCUCUUGGGGAUGGUGGCACACAUGAUGUAUACUCAAGUUUUCCAAGUGACAGUCAGCCUUGGGCCAGAGGACUGGCGACCACAUUCCUGGGACUAUGGAUGGUCCUUCUGUCUGGCAUGGGGCUCCUUCACCUGCUGCAUGGCUGCCUCUGUCACCACCCUCAACUCCUACACUAAGACUGUCAUUGAGUUCAGACACAAGCGCAAAAUCUUCGAGCAGGGCUUUCGAGAAGAGCAGAACUUCCUAGACCAGGAAGCCAUCAAGUACUUCAGAGAAAGGACUGAGGAGGAGAGGGCUGAGGCUGGGGACCUGAGGUUACAGUGCCUCCAUAGCUGCUCCCCAAAUAGGCUUCACAACACCCAGCUCUAAGUGUCACUAGCCCGCAGAGGAACAGGAGUGACCAUAAUGCUCAGAAAAUCCCCCCAUUCGCUACGUCAAGCUCUUCCAGCGACACAUCAAGCAGCUCUUCACUUUCAUCAGAACUGACCAGCCAGAUCUCCAUGGUUCAGGAUCAAACCCUGCUGGACAUCACCUCCAUCACUAGAUUGGCCCCAGGAGAAUCACCAAACCCUCAACCACUUGAGCAAAGAGAUACAAAUUUAGCAAUAUCGUGUUCCAGCCCACUCGGAGCAAGGACUGUUCCAGGGUCUUGCCCAGCCAGUCUCAGGCACAGCCUAACACCCAGCUCAGCCAAGCCACAGCAAUACUCUGACUCCUCUCCAGUCAGCCCAGGGAUCAAUGCAGCUUCCUGCUACACUUUCUGUCCUCACACAGCACAAAACGUACCAGCUUCAGCUUCAGAUCACACACUGACCCCAACCAGGACAAGCAUAAGGCCUCCAGCAACAAAGACUCCUGAAGAGAGUUCCCAGGCUCCUGGCAAUUCUAAAAUGGAAUUAAAGAAUACAGGAAAGGGGUUUGAAUCAGAUCUGGAAGAUCCUGAUCAUGAAAGGAGAUUUGUAACUACAAAGGAAUUCCAAGCCAUGGAGAAAGAGCUAGAGGAUGUAAAAGAAGACCUGAAAUGCCUGAAGUGGAAAGUGAGACACAUUGGUGAGACGGUGCAGCCCCUGGCCGAGGACAGCAAAAGGUACAAUGGCUACACCCUGACAGAACUCAAGGCCAUGGUGCAGUUUGAGGAUGACCCUUACAAGGCUGCCCACAAGAUCCUAACUGCACUCUUCAGCGAUGUCUACCGGCCACAGCACCCAGUCA